AUGAACAACUCCAACGUACGGGCAUGUUACGGCAGCUUUCUGUGGUGCAUUGAAUUCUCCAGCGAGUGUUCAGAGGGCUUCUCCAGCCACAGCCCCGGCUCCCUCAGCUUUGUUUUCGCCGUCAACACCAUGGAUACUAGCGACGCCGAGGGAGACGCGGCAGAUCCCGACGACAGGCCGACAUGUCCCCCUGCGACUGGGCUUCAGUUUCUCAACGCUGUGCCUGAAGACAACGUACGAGAUGAAGACGAGCUGGGCGACGGCGAUACCGAAUGGAUGUGCCGUCCUCGCAAGGAAUGUGGCGGCAUGGAAGAUGCGAACAACGAUUGGUGUCCUUCUCCGCGCCCGAUGAAUGACGCUGCUGAGUCGGACGGUGUUGAGGAGUGGAUCGCCUCGCCGCGGAACAAGGUUGCUGCAGAGCCGGCUGAAACGGUUGCUACGCAGCCCGUCGCUCCACCUCCCCGUGCUGCCCCACCCCCCAUUCGUCCCCUUACAGACGAGGAGAAGAAGGAGAAGGCGUACCUGAAGGCGCAGAAGAGCUACAUGUCUGAUUGGCUGCCGAAGUUCGACUGGCUGAUUCUGGACAAGACGCUAGAGGGUGACCCGUUCCUGCGCUGCAGUGUCUGCAUGGAGCACGGGAACGACAACGCGCGGUACGGUCGCAAUGGCGCUGGCGGUCGUGAUCUGCAGAUCGGGUCGAUACGGUGGCACUAG